CCUGGCAUGAGAUGGAUCUUGUACAGAUCGACAGAUGAUGGAGUACUCGUACUCGUACUCGGAAGGGUACAUCAAGAACGCCCGCGGGAUGCGGCUCUUCACCUGCCGAUGGCUCCCCGCAAAUCCCCGGCAGCCCAUCAAGGCCCUCGUCUUCAUCUGCCACGGGUACGCGGUGGAGUGCAGCGUGACGAUGCGCGGCACGGGGGAGCGGCUGGCGUCGGCGGGGUACGCCGUCUACGGCAUGGACUACGAGGGCCACGGACGCUCCGACGGCCUCCGCGGCUACGUCCCCUCCAUCGACGCCCUCGUCGCCGACUGCGACGCCUUCUUCACCUCCGUCAUCUCCGCCGCCGCCCGCAACAACAACAACAACCCUCCAAAUUCAAAUUCAAAUGCAGAUCCAGAUGAUUGCCCCUCUCCUGCUCCUCUCCCCCGGUUCCUCCUCGGCGAAUCCAUGGGCGGCGCGGUGGCGCUGCUGCUCCACCGGUCCCGCCCGUCCUACUGGUCCGGCGCCGUCCUCGUCGCCCCCAUGUGCAAGAUCGCCGACGGGAUGAAGCCGCCGCGGCCCGUCAUCCGCAUCCUGGAAGCCAUCGCGACCCUCGUCCCCAAGUGGAAGAUCGUGCCGACCAAGGACGUCAUCGACGCGGCGUACCGGACGGCGGCGAAGCGGGCGGAGAUCCGGCGGAACCCGUGGUGCUACAAGGGCCGGCCGCGCCUGGGGACGGCGCACCAGAUGCUGGCAGCCAGCGUUCGCGUAGAGAAGGAGGUGCUCCCGCUCGUGUCGCUGCCGUUCCUCGUCGUCCAUGGCGGCGCCGACGCCGUCACCGACCCCGCCGUCAGCGCCUUGCUCUACCGCACCGCCGCGAGCGAGGACAAGACGUUGAGGCUCUACCCUGGGAUGUGGCACGCGCUCACGUCGGGUGAGUUGCAGGAGAAUAUCGAUGCCGUGUUUGCUGACAUCGUCGACUGGCUCGACCACAGAUCGUCUUCUUCGUCGCCGGCCGUGUCUGGAUCUACGGUUGCUUAGUUUAGUCCAACUUUUUUUUAUUAUCGCUGGGUUAGCGCUGCUCGUGCUGCUGCUACUCCAGUACUCCUACAAUUGCAUAUAUAGGUUUUUUUUAUGGAGUAGGUAAUUGCAUAUAUAGGUGUUGAUAUUUCUAUGAGAAGUUACAAAAGGUUGUCAGUUUGACAUA